AACACCUCUGCAUCUCGCCUGUGCAAAUGGCCAUGUUGAUGUGGUCACAUAUCUAGUAGAAAACAAGUGUCAGCUGAAUCUUCUGGACAGUGAUAAGAGAUCACCACUGAUGAAGGCAGUACAGUGCCAGCAGGAGGAAUGUGUGGCGAUUCUCCUAGAGCACGGUGCCGACCCGAAUCUGGCAGAUGCUGACGGCAACACUGCACUUCACUUUGCUGUCAGAUCUCCUAGUAUUUCUGUAGCAGGGUUGUUACUUAAGCAUAAGGCCAGUAUUGAUGCCCAGAAUAAGGAGGGAUGUACUCCACUUAGUCUUGCUGUCUCUGAACAUCAUGAAGAGAUAGUAGAAUUUCUUCUUAAAAAAGGAGCUAAUGUGCAUGCUCGAGAUCAGUGUGAAAG